AUGCCUUCCGAUAGAGAGGAUACACGUUCUUCACCAGGCGCGCUUCCUGAUGCUCCAGCUUCGACCACCAAACAGCCAUGCCAUUCCUUCAAGAAAAAAUUCGCAAAAUUAAAGGUCAAAUUCGAACUGGAAAUGCGUGAGAGCGAGGCCCUCGUACGGGAACAGCUCCGGAUAGAAGAUGUUUCGAAGAAAUUACAAGAGACGAAUGAUCAACUGCUCGAAGUUCUUAUGGAGUUCAAUGACAGCAUCUACAUCCCGACCAACCUACGAUAUGAUCUCAGCUUACCCGGAGAAACGACACCACCCAUGACACCUGACGAGGACGACGACAUCGCCCCAUCUACAUACACCACUACAGCAGCAAAGGCCGCCUUGAAAGAAGCCAGGGCGGAAUUAGAAGCCGGCGAAAUUACGGCGGAUACCUAUCGUCGUUUAGAAAAAGGCGUGAAACGCAGUACAGCUUUCCGACCCUCGAUGCAAUAUGCCUCUCUACGACAGAUUGCCCAGCACAGCGGCUCGGCAGCGGCGUCAUCUGCUUCGAUAUUUGCCGAACUCGAUGAAGAUUCAACCACUUUACUCAAUAUGAACUACAUGACGCCCGAACACGAACACGAAUACCUUUUGGCCUUGGACGCGAAAAUGGGCGACGCAGCCGCAGAGGUGCAAUUGAAACAGCUCCCUGAUAAACCAACUUUCGCCGAUCGUGAGCGCGAAGCAAUUCUCCAGAACCCUAACUCUGUAUACAAUUGGUUACGACGCAAUACUCCCUACGUAUUCUUACAGGAUAACGAGGUUGCUUCAGAGAAAAGCAGUCAGGUACAGACGCACCCGCAACGCUCCUCCGCCGCUACCGCACGCUCUUCCAAGAGAUCUUCUCUUGCUGCUUCGAAACAAGCAGCGAAGGAGGCCAAGGAGGAAGAUAUGUAUGAUGAGGACGGUAUUGCGCUUGAUGUACCUGCUCCGUCAGCGACAAAGGCUAAACGCAAGCGUGAUGAAGAUACGGGAUAUAGACCCAAGGGCGGCCGAAGUGGUGGCAGCAAGAAGAAGAAGACGGUGGCGGCGGAGACGGAUUCUAGCUAUUCGGGACGACGUGCGUCGAAGCGUGGUUCUGGCGUGGGUGCUUAG